AUGCUAAAAAUUAGUACAGAUGAGCUCAGCUUUGGUGAGGUAGCGAUCCACAACAUACCCUCCUACAGGCAGCUGAGAAUCGCGAAUCUGAAGGAUUCACCUGUAUUGGUGCACUUGUCAUCUGGCACCCCAAUGAUCAAAUUCCAGUUUAGUAAUGAGAAUUUCAAUUCAAAGGAAACAGAUUCUGAUUCUUUCUCUUAUAAUGAGGCAUUUGACCUCAUAAAUCUGGUAGACAGAUUUUGUCUUGAGGAGCUCGAGGAAAGAGAGAUCAUCGUUUUGUUCAAACCUGAACACAAUGCAUUUUCGCAUAUCUCAGCACACUCACCACUCUCGUUGUAUAAUGGGACGAUCUACUUAAAUGUUGCAUCUGGGGGAAAUCUUGCCUCCGACAAAACAAUUCGUUCCCAGACACAGAAAGAUGACUAUGACACUUCAACGGCACCUUUGAAACAAUCGCUUACAGAGGAAACAGUGUUGUCAGAAUCCGUUUCCAUACCCUUCUCAGCCAAUGUUUACCUCUCUUUGUUGGAAAUAUCACAGUCGGAAUUUCAUUUAACAAUGGCACCUAAUAAGAUGGAGCAUACGAGCUUUUCUGUUACUAAUAUCUCAACGUGUCCACUCUCCUUUAUAAUCAGGAAUCAAUGCAUGCGAGUGAAGGGGAUUGAUUUGGAAAUUUACAAAACAGGGCAAAUGGAAGAACCGAAACUCAAUCACCGUCUUCUACUUCAGGCCAAUUCAUCCAUGGAGUUAUCGUUAGUGGCAAGGACUGCGUCAGAUUGUGUUCCUAACCAGUCUCAUAGAGCAAUUUUACAAUGUGAUAACCUGUUUAACCUCUAUAAUACAGCAUUUGUUUACGUAAAUAUAAAUGUUUCCGGGGAGCCUCAAGGCGAUAUUGUUAGUCUAUCAAGCACGUCUCUCAAUUUUGGUGACAUUUAUCGGGGUAUUAAGACGUCUGCUGAGAUUGGCUUUCUUAAUAUUGAUGGUCGAACUGAUAUUGCUGUAUCGUUGGCACCGGUUGAUCAAGAAAAAUGCCAUGGAUAUGUGGCUUUGCUUAAGAACAACACACCAACAGAUGAAGUUAUAGUGCCAGUUCAAAAGGGCAUGGUUUACAUGAAUGUGCAAUACAUUCCUGAUUUUGAUGAAGAACACAAGGAAGCAACUCCUGUUAAGUUUGGGAUCAAUUUUUUGGUUCGCUCAACAGUAACAUAUCGAAGCCAGAAGGUUAUUGUGCGUUGCAGUGCUGUUUUGUUUACUAGCACUAUAGAAGUCACACCCACGGAUAUCGAUCUUGGUGAUUGUGUUGUAGGGCAAAGCAAACGGUACGUUUUCCAUAUCAUUAAUAAAACACCAUUACCUGGAAGUGUGGCCAUACAAAUACGAAGUAAAGUCAUUUGUAUUGAAGGGGCAUCUCAAAGUGAAUCCUCAAAAAAUCAAGAGAUGUGUGAAAAGCUUCAUAUAGGUCCUCAAAGCAGGCUCCCAAUCACCCUACGAAUCACCCCACGGCGCGUUAAUCCAACGUAUCGCAAGCAAUUGACGAUAGUAAAUGUUUGUAAUGCUGUUGCAGAGAAGCAAAUUCUUAAUAUAGAGGCCAACAAUAUGCCUCCCCUGGAAGCUAAGCUGCAUAAUGAGUUAUACUCGUGGGAAUGUCACCCAUUAAAGUGUGAUACGAUUGAUCAAGAAGACUCUGACUUGUGUGCAAUCACAGAUGUCCCUUUCUUAGUGCCUUACCUCGCAACCUCAAAGGUAAACUACUCUUUGAAACUGGCAAUAUCGAGUACAAGCCCCGAAAUCGAGAUUUUCCACUUAACCGAUCCCUUAAGUACAGCUCUUUUAGUAAGCCUGGCAUCUGAGCUACAAACAUUUUACGUGUUUAGUGAAUCCGAUUAUGUGAAAAGGUCGAGCCGACCGCCACCAAAGCGGGUUGAUGAGGUGAUGGAUCAAUUACUUUCUAUUUUAUCGAAUGCGAUAGUAAUAAAGGAAAUAACGCUUGACUCCAAUAAAAGUGUUACAGUUUUUGCUCUUAUCAAUCGGACUGCAUUCUGUCGAGAACCGAUGUCAAAGGAGGACGGUCUUACGAUAACUGUCAAUGGAAUAGAAACACCACGUUUCGUGAGACUAUCUUAUAGGCUAUGUAGCACCUCAUUUGAGCUUAGUGGACAGAAAACGAAAAACUUUGGUGAAGUUAGCAUCGGCACUAAAAGGUCAACAAUGAUCACCAUAGUGAAUCGUUGUAAGUCUGUAUUGUACAUAAAGGCAACUAAAUCUCAUUCUGUCACUGCAGGACAUAUCAGGAUUGAGAACAGUGAAAGAGAAUCACUUUUUAUCUCAGUGAGGCCCUUUGCAAUACGAAAAAUUGAGGUGAGCUUUAACCCUGGAAUCAAAGGUGUGUUCGAUGAGAAAAUCAGUCUCGAAAACAUUUUUGAUCCAAAAAACUUUGUCAACGUUGAACUGAAAGCAACUGUUAUUAAGGCAGACACAUUCGAAGUGAGUCCAGACUCAUGGAACUUCGGAAAUGUCCUACUCCCAACUGUUGGAGACACGGCGGGAUCCGUCCGUGUGGGAAUGAGGCUCACAGUUUACAAUACUAGCAAGGCAUCAAGGCAAAUCAAAGUUCGUCUAGGAACAGACAGCAGUGUUCGCUUUGACGAUUUUCUUAAGAAUGACUGCUUACAUAGCUACCUGGGAUUCAAGGGAGCAAAUGUGAAGGUUCAACUAGACACGGAAUUGGGUACACAGCACUCGGCCUCCACAAGAAAGAUUGAGGAGAAAAUUGAAAAGAUGGAGCAAAAACUCAAGAUAUACCAACGGAAAAGAAAAGACGAAAAAUAUAAGGUUACUUUGAAGACAAUCGAAUCAUUGAAAAAGGCACUAUUAGGUGGGGAAGUUGAUCCAAAUGCACUGACCAUAGCCUCGCCUGGUCAUGACAAUGACUUUUCUGAAAGCGAUGAUGAGGCUUUUUAUCCAAAAAGUAAGCCUCAUACGACUGCCGAGCUGCUCAUGGAACUUCUUGGGGAAGGUGUAGCACUCCCAUUAAUGAACGCGGGGGAAUCUGUGAACAUCACAUUCAGUUUAUCAUUUUCACGGCUUCCAGAUGAAUUAUUACCGUCCUCUCAGACAACAACGUUGCACUUGUUUCUUUUUGAGGCCAGAGAUAAAGAGGUGAAUCGCAUUGUGCCAAUCGAUAUCACUCUUAUGCGGCCAGAAGCAGAUGAAUUUCUCCAUAUAGCUUCAUCCGAUACUCCUCUGCUAGUGAAUAGAUCCACCUUGCCUACUCUUGAACUGCCAAAGGUUUUUCUGGAGGUGUGUAAAACCGUUUGCACGUUAUCCACAUUUAUGGAAUAUCCACUGAUUGUCCUUCAUAAUUGCAUUGUGAAUGACAAUACAGAAUUUACCCUUCUCGUGAAGUCUACAAAAUUCACAACCGUCGUUGUUUUGGAACCACGAGUAUGCGGUGGCCCUGUGACACAAACCCUGGAGGCUCGAUUUAAAUUUUUCCCAAGAAAUGGAGCUGUCAAUUCAGACGAAGCCCUCCGCAUCAUGGUGGAGUGUACUGCUAGGGGUGUAGGCCCGCAGAAAUAUAUCAUUCCAAUAAAAAAUUUACAAAAUUCUUCGGAUAUACUCUAUGUUGUGGUUGAAAUAAAUCCAACAGAAGAAGAGGAACAUAUUAUAGCGGAACCGAAGAAUCUAACGUUUCGUGACAUCAUCACGCCCUGCAGAUUCAACCAAUUGGAAUCUCAGCUCUUACUCAUCAAAAGCCGUUUCCCAUAUACGCACGCUCUUCUCAUACGUUCUAAUAAGCCAUCCCAGGUGUUGUUUUUUGAGAAUUCCGAGUGUACUAUACCUUUGGAAACUCCUAUUGAACGGACGUUUUUGAAAGAAACUGUUCGAGUGUACGUAAAAUUUGUGCCUAGCUUCAGGUCCACUCAAGGCACUUCCAGAGUCGUCAGUGCAGGAGUCAUUGUAGAAGCCAUUACCUUGAAUCGUGAGGGUAACUAUUGUACUGUAGGUCGGUCGGUCGUACGCCUGAGUGUGCGUGUCGGCAGUGGUAUCAUUUGCGUUCCUAAAUCACACAUCGAGAUAGGCAUCAUUGAAGACACAAAGGAACCCCCGACGGCAAUCAUGAAAGUCUCAAAUAUUUCAAGCACAUUCAUCAUUCGAGCAAACGUAUCCACCUUGUCAGCCAAUUUAGCGAUUGAUGGUGGCAAUAAUCGUGAGAUUGCAUUAAUGCCGAAGGAGGAAAAGGAGAUCCCUGUAAUGCUUCAGUCGAAGGCACCGGGGUGGAUACAGGAAGAAAUCAUCAUCCAAAACCUCAGCUGUAUUCAGGAGCCAAUUCACGUUUUAGUUUCUGGUCUUCGUCAGGACCCGUUCAUAUUUCCUAUUUACUCUGCUUUAGAUAGAAUAUAUUACUUCCCGAUUACAGUUGUUGAACCAGGGACAAAUGGCAGCUAUCACUUGCAUGAAAAGGUCUCUAUUAAGAUGUGCAUGCAGAAUAUGUACCCAAAGGAUUUCAUCUUGGCGCUGAAAAGCACCGAGUUACCGCUGUAUUUUUCAAAUGAUAUGCAAGAUGGAGAAGAAGUGAUCUCUGCUGUGCAGUCCCCGAACGGCUGCGCACGCUUGAAAUCACAACGGACGCAAAGCGUCACUUGUACCUUGACGGGUGUUCCGCAACUAUCCCAAGAGCAAAUCAAAACCCUCAUGGAGCACCGCAUGGUAACUAUAAACGCGACGGCACAGGUCGAGGUAGCUCAAAUUCUUAAUGAAAAGAAUGUCAUGCGGCGUACCUUCCCGCCUCGACGCCAUCUACCAUCUUUAGGACAGUGCUUGAUGCUUCUUACUUUUACAGUGCCGCUGACCGUAAGUGAGGGGUGCGCCGAACCCCUAAAAACUGACUUGGGGAUAAUAGGCCUAACGAAAAAGUAUGCUGAAGACAGCGAAUAUUGUUCUAGAUAUCGACGCCCCAGAAACAGUCGCUUUAAAGCAGAUAACGCUAAUAGUAACAAUAAUGAGGGUGAGGAUUCAUCAACGGAGGUUCGCGUUUUACUUCGAAACCUGUCACCCUACCUGCCCUUGAUUCUGCGGAUCGAGUGUCCUCCUGUUCUUUACUUUCCUGAGAAACGACUAACCAUUCCACCAGAACAAACGCUGGAGGUCAGUGGGAACCUGCAGCUUGAGCAAAUCACUACGCAGGGGCCGUUUCGGUAUCAGACAUUUUUUGUCAACGAUUUUAACAACGAGAAUGAUAUUUCCGUAGCCAUAACUGGAGAAUACUAUUGGAAGAUAUUCCAACUUAAAUACCGUGGCAAUGAAGAUGCGCGGGAGACGCUGUCUCUUUCACCACUCAUUUUACAUCCCUCCUCAACAGCGCCCGUCCUUCUUUCUGAGGAGAAAUUUGCUGUAAGUGUUUUUGUUGAGGAGGAGGUGAAGCUUUACUGGUCGAUGAAGUAUAAUCCCAAAGUCGAGGGGAUUCUAGCUGUUCAAAUUUUCCACUAUGACGCCACUCCCGCAAGCGACAGCAUCGUAUUUCCCGCCCAGAAUGCCGCUUCCCCAGCGACCAUCAGCGGCAGCUUUGAUGCAGCCAACAACUCUACGGCAUCAGGGUCUAUCAUGAAUACAAAUGACAAUAAUAAAAACAAACAGAUUGGGACGAACACCCAUAGCAGCAGCACAGCAUCUGGUAUGGAUUCAACAAGAGAUAGAGGUACCGUGUAUGGUACAACAACUUCAGCCUCAAACGCAACAACAACUCCGAUAAACAAUGGACGCCGAAGAGACCCUUCCUCAUCACCACGAACGCUCACACUUCGCUUACGCUGCUUCAUGGAAAGCAACGAUUUGGCCGCACUAGCAUCUCUAUUUUUCUGGAGUAUACGCAAAAAACAACAGGAAGCAGCAUUGGGUUUUGAUAAGGUACCCGAUCUCAUGGCACGACGCACGGCGCCGUCGAAUAAUAUAUGGAUAGGCAAUUUAACGUUUGCAAACCAAUUCACAGAUGAUGAAGAGUAUCAAGUAUAUGGUCAAAUUGUUCCUUUCAGUACCUUUUCAGCCCCUCAUAGGGUAGAACUUCAGCCUUUGCGGAUAGUCCUACCCCCAUCCCUUGUAUCUCUGGCAAAAUCAGAGCAGACCGCGAAGGUUCAUUGGGGAUAUACAGGUAAGCUAUGCAUAACCAACAGCUGCAAAGGGUGUACAUUGCAAUUGUGCUUGCAUGUGCUCAUUAGUGAACAUCUCUCCACUCCGAUCACUGUGGAGGUCUCUGGAGACAGUAAAGCUUGCAUGCCUAAUGAAGAAAGAAGUGAAGCGACUGCUGAGAACCCAAGCGAAGGUGUCCCCAACGAAAAGGUGACAGUAUUCUACAAUAAUAUAAAGGGGAGCAACGCUGCCCUGGAUAACAGUGGUGGUGUUAAUACAAAUGGGUCUCACACUGGUCACCACUUCGUUAUUGUACCAGAUGAAACGGUUGUGCUCGAUAUUGCACUAUACAGUUCAUCUUUGUAUUCAAAAACAGAUACCAAUACGACUCUGAGCCAACUGUCUCUUGAGCAGUAUGUAGUCUUUGCUGUAUUGGAUGAAAAUGUUCCUUGCAGUGUAAAUAUAAGUCACGUAAGCGUGGCUCCGUAUGACGAAGAGGAUGUCGCCGAUCAAGCACCGUUGGCUCUUUCUAUAUCGCCUGAUACAGGAGUCAAAAUAUGCACAGCAGACCUAUUACGCAGCAGAAUGCACAACACUUCCAAAGGGAUCCUUAGUGCCAGUGGCUUGACAGAAACCAAAAACUCACUGCUGAACACUAAGGAUGCGACUGUCAUGGGGGUUACGCCCAAUCCAUCCUCAGCUGGUAACGGCGGGUUACCGGAUUCUCCGACAACCAAGAGAAACGCUCCAACAGGAUCUGUUGGUGAACCUAAUCGCAGAGCACAAGUACUUUUUCCACAAAAGUCGGCACAGGGUGUUUUUUCCGUUGGGUCGUCAUCGUCUCAGGUGCUAUCUCUAAAAAAUUGCACUCCUGUGCCUGGCAUUGUUGGAGGUUAUAUGUGCUCCUUCACGAUUCCCAAGGAAGGAAACCUAAGCAGUGAAAUUUUGGUGUGCAAUAACACAAUCAAGCAUGAAGUAAAAUAUACGGUGUCAAUCGUGUCACAGACCCCGAUUCCGUGGCUCCUGCUACUUGCAAAGAGCGGAACACUUGAUGCCGGUGAGAGCCAUCUCAUACGGUUCGCAAUUUUGUCGUCAAAAGUGGGAUCUUUUACUGCAUACCUGACCAUCUACAACAACGUAAAUCCACUUGAGGUGUUGUACCUGAAAUUAUCCGCGGAUAUUUUUGCCACAACCCUUGUCAAGGAUAUCUUCGACGUUCUUGCCUCCGAUGGUCAAUCUGUGGCAACAGGUGACCUUCACAAUGUGUCGUUGGGGCACAUCUACGGCUCAGGGACGAUGCGCGCCAAUAUCGGGAUACAAAUCCACAACAGGGGGGAUGUGGCGCUGGAGUUCCCCAUCUCCGUACUCAAGCCGCUUCGCCUGGAGUUGCGGCCCAUGGGUGACCUCCCCAACACCAAGGACGUUCUCUUUGCCUGGAAGAAACAUUCACAGGAAGCAUGGAACGAAUCUCACGAGGAUCCUCAGAAGCCAGACUUGCUCGACUUCGAGCCCCAGCGAGAGCUGACAAAGGUGGCCUCCGGAUCGGAAUCCACGCUUCCCUUUGGUUCGAUGGCGCACAAUCUGCCUGUCGGUGCCACCUCACGGGGUCCGGUCUUCAAAGGUAAGGUCAUCGCAUGUCGGAUCUACGAUGUUCCCGUCAUGAACAGCCAGCGCUACAUCGUGGUCGAUCCCAACUCACACGCACGCAUCGCGUUUGUACUGAGCUGUGCGGAGCUGUACAUCCCGGACGGCUACCGCGUCCAUGGGGAGGCGGAUGUCAUCCUCCAGUGCAAGCAGGUACGCGACACACGCUUUGUGUUUCGGGUCACGUUUGAGCUCUACCAACCGACCUUCCACGUCGAUCGCGUCUUCGAUGUCCCCUUAGGGGAUGAUAUCAGUCGUGUGGUUGUGAAUGUUGACAACCUGAAAAACGUGCCGCAAGGGUUUUGCUUUCGUUCACAAUCCCCGAUACUGUAUGUCGUCACGGGGACCGGUUCGCAGACCAAAGACGAUGCCGCGGUAAAAGCUAUGCUCACGGCUAGCACAACGCUUGCAAGGACGAGUGGAGGAAUUGUGAGGGAUUCGGAUAGUCGUCACUCGACAGUGAUGUCCUUUGCGGAGUUGAACAUCCCUGAAAACUCGAGUGGCUAUUUUAUCGUCAUGUUGGAUCACAAACGUGCCGCAACACUGCUGAGCAUCGAUAAGGGUGAGUGUGAGCAGGUAACACUUUGUGAACACGCGUUUAUUCUAAAUCGAGGUAACCCAAAUGAACGUGUGCGCAUCGAGCUGCGUCAGAUUCCGCUAUCCGACCACACAACGGAAAGCAGCGAUAAAGUGGCGAUGGUGCUGCCUCACCACUCACCUAACGCGUUUUUCCCUUCCUAUUCCCCUCUCUAUGCGGUAUUAAAGCCUAUCAAAGUGGGUAGACAACACAUCGGUGAGCACUUCAUCAUGCGCUUCGUACAACGGUUCAACGAAACCCUCUCGCGCUACUCAGAACGGUUGCAAAGCAUUUUUGCAUAUUAUGAAGCUCUCAAGGAUGGUGUCGAAACGGCUAGAUACGCUGCUGAUAAGGAAGGUGAUCCGAUCGACAUGCUCCAAUUAAUUUACGAUAGUGAGUCAGACGAAGAGGAAAUCGGAACCACGUUCUUUGGUCAACUAGAUGAAGCAGAGGAGUUAUAUCGACCUGACUCAACGGAAACCUUCCACGCAUUAGCGCAAGUACUGCCACGACAGACAUCCACGGAGGAUAUUGAUAGCAAAAAAUUACAACCUAUUCGGAAUAGGAUGACUUCUGUAGAUAGCAACGCCGCCGCUGGCGUGCCUGGACCCCCUUUCUCUUCGACACCAGAUUUGAUUGGCUAUAACAACAGUGAGCAAAGCCAAGCCUCAGAUAACACUGUGAUGCUCUCGCCCGAUCUCCCGUUCCCGAGUCUUUUCAAUUUAGGCCAUAAUGCGUUUCGAACUGGUUGCAACACCACGCACCUCAAGAGGUCCCCUACCGAAGUGACCGAAACUAUACUGGAUACUAGCAUCGCUCACCACGGCCUGAAAGAGUUGGUUCCGCCGAACACGCGUCCACCGCUUCGCGCAAAGGAGCACCAUUCAGGUCUACCUCGCUUUGCGUGGCGUCAGUUGCAUGGCUUGUUGGUAGACAUGACUUGGCUUGUUGAUGAACUUGUUUUCUACGCCAUAUUGCUCCGGAACUCGCGACUCAUUGAAGGAUAUUGUGUGUUUCUCACAAACGCCGUGUUAAGUCACCCAGUGAUGAUGAUCUGGCUUGAGUUCAAGCCAAAGGAGUUACAAUUAUUCUAUAAAGAUGAUCUGAUCGGAAUAUUUUCUCAAUAUGUGGAAACAUUGGAUGCUCUGCCAUGCCCGAAGCCAUCCGUAAAUUGA